AUGGAAACUUCCACUCGGUUCGGCGCUGAGGAUGCCAAACUCCAUUUCACAAGGAGCCUGUCAACAGCUGGGCUUGGGGGUUUGAGGAACGGAGCCGCGCGAUUGGAGCGGGCCCCCAGCCACCCGGCUCCACCACUGCCCACGCUGGGUCUCCCGGACUGCCGCCGCGCGGUGCCGGAGCAUGAGGGGCACCUCCUCCCGGACCCGGGGUGCAGAACCCGGCGGAGGCAGGUAACGCGGCGGCUGACAAUCCGCCACCCCCCUACCACACACACACUCGCCUGCCCGCCCGCCUGCGCGCCCAGCUUCGCCGCCCGCACCCCUCAGGUUUCCGCGACACCCCCGCCGCCAGCCUGCCCACCCUUCUGGACAGUUGGAGCUGCCGCCCCCUCCUCCUUCUCCCCCUCCCCCACACGCCCCCGCCUCCGCGCAGUCCUCUCGCCAAAUUACCAGUGCCCUCGAGACGGUUGGGUUGAGCGCCCCUGCCCGGGGAAGGCAGCCUGCGGGCGCUUGCCCCGAGCCCGGGGAACCGAAGGUCUCCUUUCCAAGCGCACUCACAUUAUUCAUGCAAAGUUAAUCCCCGCCGCGUCACGGCCGCCCGCCCGAGGAUGUGCGCCUUCCUUGGCCAAGCCCCGCAGUCUCCACCCUCCUCCGCCCCCUCCUCCCGGCGGCGGGGUCCCGGGGAGCGCAGGCGACGGGACGUCGCGCGAGUCCUGCAAAAUGUCAACUCCUUGGGCGAAGAGAGGCGGCCGCCGCCAGGGCCGCGGCGGCCCUCCCCGGCCACUCCACUUUUAUAGGCGUAGGAAGCGAGUGUGGUCCGGGCACCCGUGUCCCCGCCUCUCCGGGCCCCCCGCGCGCCCGGCCCGCCCCGGCCAGCUCUCCGGGCGCUGCCUUACUCGGGGCCCGGGGCGCCGGCUCAGUGCCGCGUCUGCGAACCGGUGACCUGGUUUCCCCUUCAACCCUCGCGGCGAUCCCACUCGCGCGGCGGCGGCGGCGGCGGCGGCCAAGAGCAAGCAAACCCGGCUCCGCCAGGGGCGCAGCGAGGAAAUGGCCUCCCAGCGGCUCGCCCCGCCGCCGCGACCGUCCGGAGCCGCCCGGCUGGCACCCGACGCCCGCCGCUCGGCCCGGGACCGGCGCCCAGAAGUGUCCGCCCCUCUGCGCUCGCGGACCCCUACCCAGCGGCCCACGUGCACACCGCCCCGGGCGGGCCGCCUCCGCACCUGCCUCCCCAGGUUCGGGCGCUCCCUCUCCUCCCCGUCCUGGCCGUGCCCUCCACCCAGGGUGCCCUUCCCAGAGUGGCAGUGUUGCGGUGGUUUGGUUGGCCGUGCGUCCACCCACCCGGCGGCGUGCGCACCGAGGUUCGGGUUUGGGCGUCAUUCCUCUGGUGGGAAAAAAGGAAGAAAUGGGGAACGAGGGACAAGAAGGCGGGGGACCUUCCAGAAGCACGGGCUUUUCUUUGCCCGGCAAGACCUGCGCGGCCCCUGCCAUCACGCUCCUCCCUCUUUCUCCAAACCACUUGUGGCGCGUGUCGGGCGGGCAGAGCGCUCUGGCUCCUCCUGGGGCCUCCCACGGGCCGGGUAGUCUGGAGUUCCCUUACGGUCACCCAGCCCCCUACCCCCCAUCCCCCAUGAUAGUUUGGAAAAUACCUGACUUGCCUUCGAGCAAGACACCCCUCCGCCCCAAUUAUGCACAUCCUGGAAGAUGUGUGCAAAGUUGAGACACUCCACAGGUUCCAGAAGAGCAGCCCUAUGAUUUUGUUCUUGCCCUGGAUCUAUACAAAUAAAACCCGGAAGACAAAAGUAAUUUAUACUCUUGAAGAGUUAUGCCCCAGGCAAAUAUGAAUUUUUAAAAUGCCCCCCCGCCCCCCACCUCAAGUCUAAGUCUUGAAAGCCAAGGGUUUUUAGGUUGGGAGAAAAUGAAGCGGGCAGCUGCAUUCUGGGCUAGAAGAAUGCUUGUAAAAAUAUUGAGUACCCAAAAAGCUAAAAACUGCAGUCGGUACGAAACUAUAGUUGCAAAAAAAAACUAUUUUGACGAGAGAGCACAAUUAUUUUCUCGUGGAGGAUAUUAAAUCAGUUCCUACUUCAUUAUUCAAUAUACACAUUUAUUCGUACAGCAAUGAGAUAGAGCUAUAACGAUUUGUAUCCUCAACUGCCUGAACAAUGUAUAGAUGAUUUAUUGGAAACUUUUCCAGAUUUCCAGCCAGUGACGUGAUUUAUUCCAGUGUCUUGUGAGCAUCCCACGGAAAGGGGCGAGAAGCCACCACCCUAGCGAACAGCAUUAACAACCACAACUGUCAGGAAUUCGGAAACUGUUGCCUAAGCCUGGAUGCACAAUAUUUCAGAUGGAGGUAGAAGAUUCUGAGGCCUCAGGGCAGGAACUAGCAAGCCAUCUCGAUCACGAUAUGGAAGAGAACAAGAGCACUCAUAUUCAACUAUUAUAGUGAUUGAGUAAUCAACUUUUCCAUAUUAAACUACUGAAAUACCCAA